UCCCACCCGCUCGCGGUAAGUAGCAGGGACUUGCGCUAAGCAGUCCGGAGGUGACAGCCCCACGUCACCACAUGCAGCGGUUGGUGAAUCAUACACCGGACGGCCGAGUACCGCGACUAGAUAGGCACACGUACCACUCAAAUGCGAAGGGCGGCUGAGAUCCCAGGUAGCAUUUGGGUACUUCAAUGUCUCCCUUCGGGCGUCAGCGUUUCAGCUCUGUACCGUCUAUAGCCCUUCGCAAUCACCGUCGCAUGUCUUGUGGUCACAAUCGACAGGCAUGCAGUCCGUUGAACCUUACCAUUCGCCUUCACAGCAUCCCCCUUGCCACACUACCACCGCCAUACAGACCAAUAGCAUGCCUGACUGCGCAGCACCCAUUGAAUCCCCCCGAACAGGCACGCCUACCGCAUCGCAAUCCCACGUACUCCGCGCGACAGCCUGGCAGUGAGAGCGCGGGACGUCGUCGGUGCUCUUCUCGAGCCGCCUGGACGUUCGGGGGCAAGCUGCCACUGGAUGACAGAUCCUGGUGCCUUAGCUCAGUAAGCUUAAACUCUGUCUAUGAUAUGUACAUACAAUCGGAGGGCGGUAGUACAUGCCUCGCUCGUCGAUCCCACGUCAGUGGCCUGCGGAGCGGAGGUGGAUUCAAUUCGUUCCUUGAUGACAUUGAGUGCGUCCUGGGAGCGUUCAUCGCAGGCCUCGAACACCACUCGGACCACUUCUGCGACGCCGAGGCACGGUCGGUCGACGAAUACAGUUGUGAGUCUUCCUGUGAAUCCACCAAGGCAGGAACCGCUGCAGGAUGUACGAUCAGAACACGAGGUACGUGAAUCACUCACCGAACCUAAUCAGGCGCAUACAUCGACGACCCGCC